UCCCAGAGAAACACCUCCCUGAGCAGAGGGAAAAAACAGUCUUGGAUAAUGAUAUAUAAAGAAGGACCGAGAGUGUCCUCUUCCCUCCAAAGCGCCAGUUUUCAUCCUCACAGCCCUGUCACUCCAUCAGACAGAGGAACUCACUCACAGCUGCCAGUAUGGUGGGUCUGAAGCCGUCCGAUGUUCCUCCUCCUCUGGCCGUGAAGGUCCUCAGUGCAGGAUCCGCCGCCUGCAUCGCUGAUUUAGUCACCUUCCCUCUGGACACGGCUAAAGUGCGCCUGCAGAUCCAGGGAGAGAAGGCGGUGACGGGCGCUGCUAAGGGCAUCCGUUACAGAGGGGUGUUCGGGACCAUCAGCACCAUGGUGAGAACGGAGGGGCCGCGCUCGCUCUACAACGGCUUGGUCGCUGGUCUUCAGAGACAGAUGGCCUUCGCAUCCAUACGAAUCGGCCUCUACGACAGCGUCAAGAGCUUCUACACGCGCGGCAAAGACAACCCGAACGUGGGCGUGAGGAUCUUGGCGGGCUGCACCACUGGAGCGAUGGCCGUGUCCGUGGCUCAGCCUACAGAUGUGGUGAAGGUGCGUUUCCAGGCGCAGAUGAACCUGCAGGGUGUGGGCAGACGCUACAACGGCACCAUGCAGGCCUACAGACAGAUCUUCCAGCUCGAGGGGCUCAGAGGCCUGUGGAAAGGAACUCUACCGAACAUCACGAGGAACGCCCUGGUCAACUGCACAGAGCUGGUGUCUUACGAUCUCAUCAAAGAAGCCAUUCUCAAACAUAAACUCUUGUCAGACAAUCUCCCGUGUCAUUUUGUGUCUGCGUUCGGAGCCGGUUUCAUCACAACGGUGAUCGCGUCUCCUGUGGACGUGGUGAAGACUCGCUACAUGAACUCUCCUCCCGGUCAGUACAGAAGCUCCCUCAACUGUGCUUGGACUAUGAUGACCAAAGAGGGACCCACCGCAUUUUACAAAGGUUUCGUUCCAUCAUUUCUGAGGUUGGGCUCCUGGAACGUGGUGAUGUUCGUGUCGUUCGAGCAGCUGAAGAGGGCUAUGAUGAUGUCCAGGAACAGAAUCGAGGCCACCACGUAGAUGCUAAACUCAAACUGACAUCCUUUCAAACACACAGACUCACAUGAGCGGCUGUUUUAAACACCUCUGACGGGCGAUGAAAACCAGAGCGCAGGCGCAGCAACUUCCAGUUUCAGACUUCCACAUGGAAGCUGAACAGGCAACACUAUGGGAUGCAUCAAUGAGCAUUUGAUAGAAACAUCAGCAUCAGAUCAUGAUGGUCAUCCUUUCUCCUUCAGGGCAUUUUUCAUGUAUAAAUAAUUAUGAAACCACUACACAAUACAACUAUUGAUCAUCCAAUGCACAGAUUGAAAUGAGAGGAUGUUCUGAACCACACCCCCUUGAUAUAAUGUACAUAAUGUUUAUGUAAUAUUUAUCUUUCUAAGCAAUUAGUGCUUUGUUUAAAGCAACUAUUUACCUUAAAGUCUAUUUAACCCUAAAUAUUUUAAAACGUAACCCUGGAAUGACCUAGAAAGUGAGAUUGCCUCAUUACUGGAAACCUAUAAAAACAAGAAGAUAGCAUACAUGGUUCAAUAAAACACCUUUAUACUUCUGUA